UGUGUGUGUGUGUGUGUACAGAAAGAGGAGGAGGACGUGGUGCUGGUGAAGGUGGAGGAGGUGGAGCAUGUGGAGCAGGUGGGGGCGGGGCCUCAAACUCAGCGCAGCCUCAGCAUUCAGGAGGGUCUAGUGGAGUCGAGCACGGACGACUUCAGAGCUGCUCUACCGUUUGAUGACAUCACACAGAGCUCCAAUAGUCAGCUGUCUGACCUGCAGGAGAGUGGGCGGGGCUUCUCAGAGGUCAGCUAUGACACUUCGUCGCUUUGGACCAAUGGAGGAAGCAGUUAUUGUCAUGACAACAGCCUCCCGGGGCCGUCCUCUCACUGUGCCCCCCUCUCUUACAUGCCCGGUGCUCUGAUUGGAGCAGAGCUGGGCGAUGCUGGGAGGGGAUUGACUGCUGAGGGCUCUCGUGGUUUCCCCACUUCUGUGUCCUUUCAGCAGCAGCUUCCUGUAAUCGACCUGUCAGAGGAGUCUAGCCAUGCCCCCUCUUUAGAUCAGGUACAGGGACCCCCUGAGGGUCAGAAUCGGGCUCAGGCUCCGGGAGGGUCCAGCAGGAGGCGAGUCUCUACCUGCAGGUUCUGUGGUAAAGGCUUCAGCUCCCCUGCUAACCUGGAGUCUCACCUGAGAACACACACGGGGGAGAAACCGUACGGCUGCAACGUGUGCGGGAAAAAGUUCUCCCAGUUCUGGAACCUAAAGAUACACCGAUACAUCCACACCGGGGAGAGACCGUACCAGUGUUCCCUGUGCGCCGAGCGCUUCUCCGACCCCAGCAACCUAAGAAAGCAUGAGAAGAGACAUCACCCGCGGACGUAGAGACAUAAAAACACCACGCACACAUAGAAACACAACCCGCAGACAUCAACACCUCCCUGCGGUCUGAACGCUCCUCUGAACCACGAAAAGACACAACAACCACAUAAAAAACAACAGCCACAGACAUAGAAACACAACACACACAGACACUGACCCCUCCCUGUGCUCAGAGCGCUACUCAGACCCCAGCAACAUGUGGCUGUCUGCGAAGAGACAUCAACAAAGAUAACAUCCAUAGACAGACAGACGCUCCCAAAAACGACACCACUCUAUCAGAAUCAGAAAUACUUGUUUAAUCCCAAAGGGAAAUUUGAUUGUAUUCGAUCUAGACGAAGACAUUGUCCAAAGACAGAGACACCACCCACAGAGACUACAUCCGCUCCCUGUGCUCAGAACACUUCCUAAACCACAGCAACCUGAAGAAACAUCCUCCACAAAGACGACUACCCCAACGUAGAAACUCUCUCUGACCUAGACAGUCAGGCAUGUCUCAGACCUAACCCUGCUCUGUUUCAAUAAUUCCUGUCGAGUUUCCGCCAAUGUCUUAAAAUCCAACAUGACUUGACUUUCCUUGAGUAAAACAAGCUAAAGGAGAUUCUUGUGAUGUCGGUGAGAAUGAGAAACAUGUUUCUAAAGCUAAAAAAAACAAACAAUUUUUUAUUCCUACAAACUGAUGUGACGUCUGAUAAAGUUUCUCAGUAAAGUUUGAAAAGCUGAAGCUGAAUUUUAAAAUUCAUAAAAUAGAAAAUACAAACAGAAAGAACAGACUAAAAUGUUAAACUCAAAAUCAUGGUUUUUUCUGAUAACCAGGACGAUAAUGGAGUUUUAUUUGUGUUUAGAGAGUUUAAAUAAAGUGUUAAUGGACAGGGGCUGUAUAGAAGAAAACUCAGUAAGAAAAAGAGUGAUUUCUGUCAGUGCAGGUCGAACAUUGUGUGGAUGGUAACACAGUUCUGUUUUUUUUAACCUAAUUUUAAUCAUGUUCUUGCGAAUGAAAGUGUUUUAUCUGCAUAAUGCCUCAGGUCCAUGUUGUAUUCAGUUUAUUAAAUUGUCUUUAAUCUGUAUAACAGCCAACCACUGUAAAUGUACCUUAAUCUUUUUUAUUGUGCCAUUUUUGUAAACUUUUCUCCAAGUUUACAGUUUGUAAGAUAUUUCAUUAAACUUUCUACAAACCCAA